AUGCCGACGACGCAGGCCCCCGAGGCGCCGCCGCGUGUUCGGAUGAGCACAGCGACAGCGCGGCGGCGGAUUAUGUGGAAUGCAGGUGGUCUGUUCUUGUUUUGGUCGCUACGAUGGGCGCCUCAGGCAGGCUUGGAGGACGUGUACUUUGCCGUGCUCGAUCGCCUGAUGCAGGUCCGCGGCGUGCCGUUCGGGACGGACGAGCUCAUUGACUCGACGCUGCUAUGGCUCAAGUAUGCGCUGAGCAUCGUGUUCGUGGGCAACCUGGUCGAGGCACUCGCUAUAUACGUGAAUACGCCGACACAGCCCCAGUCUGCCAGUGCAUCGUCUGCACCUAUACCGGGCACACCUGUGGGCGAGGCCUUGGCGCGGAAGGUAUCUCACGGCAAGGCAACGAUACCUCCUAAAGCGUUCCAAACUAGCCCUGUCACACCUGUGCCGGGGGCGAGCACAUUCCGGCGAUCCGCCUCGCCCAUCAGCCGCACGAGUCCGAGCCAAGCGAUGCGCACGUCGCCGUUCCGAGCGAGUGGCAUUGGACUCGGCCGGCCGACAUCUGGCCCCUUCCAGGCCAGCCGCUCGCUAUCGCCCUCCAGUCCAUUCGCACCACGCAGCGCAAGCCGCGCAUCACCCAGCGGUGUCCAGCGGUCAUGGUCACCUGCCUCGAUGCGCAGCACCGAGCUUGACGACGCCAACGAAGUGGAACGUGCAUUGCAGGGGCUGGGAAAAGUAUAA